UCUUGCCAAAAACUGCUCUCUUGAUAUACUACAGUCCAUCCAUAUUCAAAUCUUUCGUAUCUUUUCACAUACAGAAAUUCAAAUUUCUUCAACCAUCUAUAGAAAUGGACAAAUUGUUAGCUGGAUGCAAAAGAUUUCCCGUGCAUGUUGGGAGUGUAAUUAUGCCCAUAUUCCUUCCACAAAAAAAAAGCAUAAAUGUACGCAAAUCUUGUGCUAUAAAAUGCAAAGCGCUCACUGUACCAAAUUCAGUUGUAAAUUCUACAUCCCAAGAUCCAAAAGAAAAACGCCAUGAGGGCCCCAUCGCUGCUCCUCCUCGCCAUCCUGCUCGGCGCCGCCGUCUCCCUUCAAUCAACCGCCGACACCACCAAGACCACACACCUGCACUUCUUCCUCCACGACACCCUGAGCGGGAAGGACCCGAGCGCCGUCCUCGUCGCCCGCGGCGGCAGCCGCACGCCCAAGCCCGACGACCCGGUGCCCUUCGGCUCCCUCUACGCCACCGACGACGUGCUCACCGAGGGCCCCCAGCGGGAGUCCAAGGUGGUCGGGAACGCGCAGGGCCUGUACAUCGCGUCCGGGAGGGCCCAGCUGUCGCUCGUCCUCGGCAUGGACUUCGAGCUCACCGAGGGCCCCUUCAACGGCAGCGCCUUCGUCGUCUACUCGCGCAACACCGUCGUCAAGCACCCGGUCGGGAGGGAGCUCGCCAUCGUCGGCGGCCGCGGCAAGUUCCGGAUGGCCCGGGGCUACGCCUUGCUCCGGACGCAUUACUUGGACACCAACAAUGGCGACGCCAUCGUAGAAUACAACGUCACCCUUUAUCACCAUUGAAUUGCUUGCACAUUUGAAGUUUGCAUUGCAGCACAAUAAUUCAAGAUACCUAAAUUUUGUAUUUUUCGAUCUGGCUCUGGUUUCAGUUUGCUCGAUCGUCUAAAAUGUACUAGCGUGGAACUCGAGACAUGUUCGUCACAUUGCAUACAUGGAGUG